AUGGCGGUAAGAUUGUUUCCAAAACUUGUUCUCUUCGGGGAUUCCUUAACUCAGGUAAGUUUGAAAUUAUUUUAUAUCAGUUUAGGAACCUCCGUUUUACUGAAGUGUGUAAAAAUCUUCCACUGCUGGUCUUUAAAUGCAGUCACUUCACGUUAUCACCACGUCAUAAGUUGGCAACCUGCUAACAAAUAUCGCGGUGUUGUGUUUUUCUUCACAUAAAAGACUCGGCACCCAGUGGUACGGUACCAUGAUGGUGAGCGCAUUGUAUUGUCGAUCAGAGAUACGAUAUUUUCAUACAAUCCCAUACUUCAAUCUGCAAAGACUUUCUCCUGAAAAGUAAACAUUGGCGAAAUUUGGAGACUACCGUAAAGUUUAUGAUCCCAAGAUACGAUUGUUUAUUAAUUCUCCCCUCUUACAGAGUGACAUUUCCUUAUUUAGUAGUGAUGAGAACUUGCUGUUAGAUCAAGACAACAACUUUCACCUGAUAAGUUUGAGUAUUCUCAUAACUGUUUGGUGCAUAAUGUAUGGAUAUUAAAAGGAAAAGUUACAUGUUAAUCACUUCAAGGAGUUUAAGGGUUAAAAGUUUGUUAGUGAGGAGUUAAUUCUUCUCUGCCUCUCAUCCCUAGAGAAGGUUGAUUUCCGAGGUAUAGCCACUUUUCCCCACCGAUAAGACCCUCAAUUUACAUAAAUGUUUACUUGCAACAUGGCUUCAGAAUUCUAUGAAAAACCUGCUUUUUAGCCUAUCCCUCCCCUUUCCCACAUCUCCACACUCCACCCCCUCCCAUUCAAUCUCUCUUUCUUUCCAAGAUGCGGAUUCAUCUUUGAAAAGUUUCCUGGUAAAGACGUCAUGUAAGAUUUCACCAAAAACUUUGCAUUCUUGAUAUAAAGAUGUAACUUUGCACUUCUAACAGCAAUCUUUUAGUGAGGGAGGCUGGGGAGCAACACUGGCAGAUUAUUAUCAAAGGUUUGUUUACAAAGAAAUAAAGGGAGACUUUUUUUUGUUUUGUCUGAAUAGUGAGAAAAAAAACAACUUUGAUUCCUCUCAAAGAAUCAAACCCUCUGCACUCUGACGCUUUACUGCUGAGUUACAGAGAACAAGGUUCAUACAUGACACAGGUCUUGAUUCUGUGAGGAUCAAGAUUAAAGUUUUGCAAGAGUUAAAAAGAAUAGGAAAGAGGUUACAUUUUUUUUGGUGGCGUUUUGAAAAUAAAGGAAGGUUUUAAUUCUGAGAGGGUCAAUUUAUACAAUGAAAUAGUGGGGCUUAGCUAAUUAAGCUUUUACACCCUAAGAUCAGUAUGCAUAUUCUUCAUACUGUUCUCUAAACAUUUCCUAAGAUGCCAACAUCGAGAAUUUGUCUAACAAUCAAGAGCUUCUUUAGUUGGUGAUCAGCUCAUCUAUUCUCCUGACCUUAAUGUUUGAUUCAGGUGUUAUAUGGUAAGGAGAAAUUAGAUGCCAGUCACUCUUAGGGGUUUAAAGAAAAAGAUCAGUAGGGUUUAAGGUGAGAGGUCUAAAUUGGGUGGAACAGCCUCCUUAACCCUUUAACUCCCAGAUCAAAUUUGUUACUCUCCUUACUGUCAACCAUACAAUUCUCAUGAUGUUGGUGCAGAGAAUUUAGUAUUGGAUCCACUAAUUAUCGCUCAUAACAUGCGUGGUCAGCUGUACCACGGCACGCCAAUGCCAUGGCUUUGUUCAGUAGUCCAGUGGUCAGUGCACUGGGCUCCGAGUUGGAUGACCUAGGUUCUAGUCCUGGCCGGGGCAAGAUGUUGUGCUCUUGGGACGUGAGGAAAAAAAAAAUGCGAGCUCCGCUUUUAGGCUUGGCUAAAUCUAUGUAUUACUGGAACCCAUAGCUAAGUAUUACUAUGCUAAUUUUUUGUAAUCAUGUGUUGUGACAUCUCAUCCACAUUCAGUAAAUUGAAUAGAAAUUUUAUUUGUUCUUGAGUUUUGUUUCAUUUUUUAUCAACAGGAAAUGUGAUGUUCUUAAUCGAGGAUUCAGUGGUUACACAUCAGCAUAUAACAAGUUCAUUCUACCCAAAGUCCUUCAGAGUGACAAUAAUCCCAAGGGUAGUGCUGUGGCGGCAAUUGUGCUACUUGGUUCAAAUGAUGCUGUCUGCAAUGAGACAGACCCACGGGGACUUACUGUAGAACAGUAUGCUACAAACUUAAUGGACAUCUUGACACAAUUCAUGAAUGAUGGCAUGGAAGCAAGUCAACUAGUUUUAUUGACACCACCAGCAGUAGCAGAUGAUAAGUACAAGGAAUGUUGUGCAGAACGUGGUAAGUAACUGUUUUUAUUAUCCAACUGCACUGAGCAGAUUACAAAUAAUGCCCAAGUCAAGUACUAAGAUACAGUGCUAUUGGAUGGUUGGUUAUUUUGUACUGUAAAAAAAAAAACCUGUUUGACUCUUUCUCUCCUAUGAGUGAUCAAGACAGAAUUUCUCUUUAUAGUAUAAAUAUAAUAUCAAGCAGACCAGUGACAAGAGUAAAGAAAAAUAUCAGUUAGGGGAUUAUUGGUUGAUCCAAGACUAAAUUCCCUGAACUAAUCUCAUGAGAAGGGUAUGGCAGGCAGUGAGGAGAAUUACUCUCAAGAUCUUGGAAGUGAAAGGGUGAACUGUUUGUAUUUUAACUCACUCUACUUGGUUGUCAAAAUGCGGCAUAACUUGUAAAAAUACUCCAUGAUACUAUAUGCCAAAAGAUCUAACAAGAUAGAUAUACAUUUGUUAUGUAUAUAUGACUUGUCUGACUGAAAAAAAAUUACAAAGGUCACAGAUUGGCCCUUUGUAAUGGAUGAAAAGUCACCCUUGACUUCCUCUCAAUCGUUACUGCCAUGACUCAUUAAAGCACUUGCAGGUGCUACAGAUUCACAGAAGCCAGCUGCUGUGAUUCUGCAUUGUGUUACAGUGAAGUUAAGCUGCCCUCAGACCUCUUUUCUUAGACUCCAGUUUUAAGGUUGUUCUUAAUGAUCUCAUUUGAAAUGAAGAAAGAAAUGGUGUGGUGUCUUAAGGGGUAAACCCUUUGCACCCUAACAUCAGUAUGCAUAUUCUCCAUACUGUUCUCUAUACAUUUCCUAAGAUGCUAACAAGGAGAAUUUGUUGAACAAUCAAAAAGUUUUUUGUUGGUGAUCAUUUUCCUUAUUCUCAAGACCAUAUUGUUUGAUAUUGGGCGGAUAUUGUAAGGAGAAACUAGAUGCCAGUCACUCUUCAGGGUUAAAGAAAUGUCCUCAAGGGGGAAAAAUAAUAGAUAUAUAAAAAACAUUUUUAUUUUUAUUUUAUGAUUGUAACUAAGGAGAGAUUCUCUUCUAUUACACAAACAUCAAUUAAAUACCAAGUGAGUUUUAGGGCAAAAAACAUGAUAUCUUCUUGUGUGAAGAUAACAUGACUUAUUCACUUGUGAAAGGAUCCUUGUUGCUGUAGUUACAUAAAAUAAAUAGGUCCUUUUAAUGCAGUGUCUUUGAUAGCAGUGCCUUUAUAAGUAUUUCAUUGAUGUUUAUAUAAUAAAUAGAAAAUUACAUGGCCACUUGGAGAUACAAAGUUUCACUUCUUGUGUUUGCUCUCUUGUGAAAAAUUUUUCAAUGCUGGAAGAGAAAUUUCUCAUAUCCGUGCCAUGUAAUAUCCUUUAUCUAUCAAAAGGGGAAACAGAUGGAAAUCUUUUCAUCACACUUCCUCUGCUAUUCUAUGUAGUUGGUCAUUUUAUUGAACUCUUUCUUUUCUUACUUUUGAGAGAAAUUCUUUGAUUGAACCUGUGAGUAUCUUUGGUGGAGAUUGUUGACCACGCAUGAAUUAUUAAUCCAAUGAUUGUCAAUUUUCUCUACAAGAUGUACCAGUAAGCCUUUGGGAUGCCCGGGUAAAACCUUUUGCUGAAAAAUGCGCUGAUGUGGGAAAAAAGCUUGGAGUGGAGGUUGUCGAUCUUUACAAGUUAUUCCAUGAACAGCCGGUAAGUUUGGAUGUUAACCUGUAGAUUUUAUCAACUUGUGCCGAUAAGAAGUAUGAAAUACACUUUCAACAAGGUUUAAGGGUGCUGAUGAUCAUAGUAUUAACUACUGAAAUUUUUCAUCCACGGCAAUAACUGAUUACCACCCACUAUUACCACCCAUUCCAUGCAGCCCAAAUCUUAACAAAAGGCUUCCUCUUUGUCUGCAGGCAUCUGGUUUUUAGAUCUUUGGGCUCCAAGCUCCAAGUUUUUCCUGAUAACUUAGUUAUCAGGAAAAGAGAGAGAAGUAGAUCUCGCAUCAAAAGUUCCUUCCAACCCCCCUUCCCAUUAUCAUCUGUCCUCACAAUCUAAAACUAAAAAUCUUUGAAUUUUUAGAACUGGGAGUCUUUUGUAAGUGAUGGCCUACAUUUUUCAAAAGAGGGAAACCAGUUUGUGGCACAGCAAGUGAUUCCAGUGCUGGAUACCAAGUUAGGACACUUGCCUAUUAUAUUUCCUGACUGGAAGGAUGUAGACCCAAAGCAUCCAGAUAGAUACUUUUGUAAUGAUUAGCACCUUGGGUUAAUUACCUUUAUUUACUGACCAAAACAAACAAUUAUUAAAAACAUAAAAGCAUAGAUCGUAAGUAAAAACCACACCAAAUGCGUGCGUAAUCCAGUGUAUCAAUUAUCAAAUAUUUAAGUUGACUGUUAUGGAGAC